AUGUUCAGAAAGAUCCACUCCAUGUUCAACCCCAGUCGGCAGAGGAAGGCAGCGGUGGCGGAGAGCCCCUACUACGACGGAGGCAGCCCCACGGUGCGGCUGAUCCGCAGCAGCUCCAUGUACGUGGUCGGGGACCACGGGGAGAAGUUCAGCGAGUCCUUAAAGAAGUAUAAAAGCACCAGCAGCAUGGACACCAGUCUGUGCUACCUGCAGCAGGAGGAGGACCGGGCGUGGAUGUACUCGCGCACCCAGGACUGCUUGCAGUACCUGCAGGAGCUGCUGGCCUUGCGCAAAAAAUAUCUCAGCAGCUUUAGCAAUCUCAAGUCUCACCGUGAAGUUUCCUCAACCUCCUCUAAAUCCUCCAAAGCAGAGAAGAAGGCCCUGGCCCAGUCCAGUCCCAAAGACAUAAAGCACAAAGCAGCCCCAAAGAAAUACGCACAGUUCAGUGCUGAUGUGGCCGAGGCCAUGGCCUUCUUUGAUUCCAUCAUUGCAGAGCUGGACACAGAGAGACGACCUCGGGUCGCUGACUCUGACCCACCAAAUGAAGAUGUGGACUUUCAUGUGGCCACCAGCUCCCGGGAGCACAGCUUGCACUCCAACUGGAUCCUGCGGGCACCACGCAGACACUCUGAGGACAUCGCCGGGCAUGCCACGCGCACUGCAGAUGGCCAGUGUCGAAGGAGCACUGAACACAGGACUGUCAGCACUCAAAGGAGACUUGAGAGGCACCCCAUUUACUUACCCAAAGCUGUGGAAGGGGCAUUCAACACCUUGAAAUUUAAGCCCAAAUCCUGUAAAAAAGACCUGGGGAGCUCCAGACAGAUCCUCUUCAACUUCUCAGGAGAAGACAUGGAAUGGGACACAGAACUCUUUGCACUGGAGGCCUUGGCAUCUCCGGAAGAGGACUACUAUGAGACAGAGAACCCCAAAGGACAGUGGUUGCUUCGAGAAAGACUCUGGGAGCGGACAGUGCCCUGA